GCCUCGGAUUCUUGUAGAUGUGAGCCAUAUAGAUUUGAUGACAACAGCUUUGGGCUUCAAAAUCUCAAUGCCUAUCAUGAUCGCUCCCAUAGCAACGCAAAAGAUGGCUCAUCCUGAUGGAGAAUUUGCAACAGCUAGAGCGGCAUCAGUAGAAGACACGGUUAUGACUCAAUCCUCAUGGGCUACAUCAAGUGUGGAGAGGGUUGCCUCAACAGGACCUGGAAUUCGCUUCUUCCAGCUUCACAAUGUUUCCCCUGGACAUGACAACGAAGGGGACGGAUUAUGACUGAGACCAUCAACCCCUGAAUUGGAUGAUGGUUUGCUUUUGGAUUAAUGUGGGAGUAGUGGCGCUAAUUGACCCGACCCUCUUCCCAGG